AAUUGGGGGACGGGGUGGAACCCCGUGACUCCGAAGGCGAAGCCGUAGGUGUUCCAGCUGUUGGGACAGCUUCAAUUAAAAUAGUAUUUUAUCGUGAUGUUCAUUGACAAUGCUUGUCGUGAGAACCUCUCUUUUAAGUCGCUCCACUGCGUUGCACUUCAGCUGCGUCUUCGCUUGCGCUCCGCCUUGCCUGCGCUCCACUUCGUUGGCUCCCCCUGCGGUGACUGCUCCGCAUCCACCUCCGGGCACCCGAACCCCUCUAACCCGCUCCGCAUCCGGUGGCUUCACCACCUCCGCUCUGCUCUACCGCUCCCGCUCACGCUCCACUACGGUGCUAAAGCACCUGCGUUCUGCUUCCGCUCCGCUUGUAUCCCUUCGGUGCUUUGGCACCUCCGUGACUGUGCGGCCUUUCUGGCCUUUGCGUUCCACUGUGGUGACUCCGUCACCUGCGUUCCUCUUUUGUGCUCUGGUGUCAAUUUCUCAAUGUCUCACAAUCAACCAACGUAUUGGUAGACAGUACGAGACAAAACCCACUUGUCUUACUGCGGGAAAGCAAGAUGCCGUUCGAUCCUCCAAUCGGAUCACAACCAUAAUUAUGAGCUGAGGCUGGGUUGUGACGAUUUGCACAGCUAUUGACAUUUCUGGUGCCAACUUUCAGGCCGGUGAAGUAACGCCUGAUCGUAGCU